UGGUACUAUUAACUACCCACAACCCCAGCCACGACAACCCACUCUCUCACAUGUCUCUCCUCCCUCUGCUGUAAAACUGAAUUCUCUCUCUCUCUCUCUCUCUCUCUCUCUCUCUCUCUGUGAAUUCAAUGACUAUGGCGUCUAAGCACAGUGUCUCUCUCCUCCUCCUUGUUCCCCUCGCAUUCUUCUUCCUAGGGUCCACAGUUUCAGCCGCCGUGUUCACGCUUCAGAACCGUUGCACCUACACAGUUUGGCCAGGCACACUUUCCGGCAAUGGCGCCGCCGUCCUUGGAGGCGGCGGCUUCCAAUUGGCACCCGGCGGGUCAAGCGAGUUUCCUGCCCCACCCGGAUGGUCGGGUCGGUUCUGGGCUCGAACUGGCUGCAAGUUCGACCGCUCGGGCAACGGUAGUUGCCUCACCGGCGACUGUGGCGGCCUAAUGUGCGUCGGCGGUGGUGCUCCGCCGGUUACGCUGGUGGAAUUCACCAUCGCCAGCGGCGGCAAGAACGACAAGGACUUCUACGAUGUGAGCCUCGUCGACGGGUACAACGUGGGCAUGGGCGUACGGCCCUCCAGCAACGGUGCCGGCGACUGCCAGUAUGCCGGCUGUGUCGCUGACCUGAACGGAAACUGCCCACAAGAGCUGCAGGUCAUGAGCUCCGGCGCAGUGGUUGCUUGCAAGAGCGCGUGUGAAGCAUUCGACACGCCGGAGUUUUGUUGCACCGGCGACCACGCAACGCCGGGCACUUGUUCGCCGACUCGGUAUUCGGAGAUGUUCAAAAAUGCAUGCCCAACAGCGUAUAGCUAUGCUUACGACGAUGCUUCAAGUACUUGUACUUGUGCCGGGUCCGAUUAUUUGAUCACAUUUUGUCCCACCGGGUAAUAAUUAUGAGUUAUUAUGAUGUCAUCAUUUAAUUAGAGUCAACUCCUAGUUAUGCUUAAUUACUUGUGAGAUUGUUGUUUUGAUGUUUACAAUUGAUUUGGGUUUUGAUGAUUUGUUGUUCAUCAUACAAUAGAUGCUCACUAUUCGUUUAUUAGUACCUCUAUAUUUGCA